UAAACAACGCAGACCCACCACAACACCCUGACCCUCUCGACUUUGCCUCCUUAUUACCCAUCUCGGAUCCCUCCCCCAAUGCAAAAAACUAUUAUACUUUCAUAGCCUCUUUCUGUCUCUCUUCCCUCUAUAAUUAAGGCAGAGAGAGAGAGCUUUAUCUUCUCAUACUCUUUCUUUUAAUUCUUGUAUCUUAUUCUUGGUUUUCUUUUCAUGGCUCUUCUUACUUUCUUAUCAGAGCAAUCAGAGCAGGGAAAACAGCUUUCCAAACGCAAGCGCAAGCUGCAAAAGCAAAAGCAACCCUCGUCAUGGGACCAAUUCAAGAACCUACUCACCUGCAAGCAGGUCGAAGGAUCAGGCGUACAUGACCCAUCGAAGAACCCUAACGGAUACUCAAAGCUGGGUUCUUCCUGCAGCUCUAUAUGCAGUUUCAGAGACGUUGUUCAUGGCAACACAAGGGUUGUUCACAGAGCUGAUAACUCACCCGAAAGUAGCACAGUAGGUCAAGAAACUGGACUGCUGAGUCGAAAAGCAGCUAAUGGGUCAUCAACUAGGUCGUUGGGGAGUUCAGGGAGAUCCAGCGGUGGCGCAACCUACACUUCAUCUUCAAGAGGCAUACAAUUCAGGAAGCUUUCUGGUUGUUAUGAAUGUCACAUGAUCGUUGACCCUAGCAGGUACCCAUCUCCAAGGACUACAAUAUGCGCAUGCUCCCAGUGUGGAGAGAUCUUCCCCAAGUCUGAAAGCUUAGAGCUUCAUCAAAAAGUUCGCCAUGCCGUGUCAGAGCUGGGCCCAGAGGAUUCCAGUAGAAACAUUGUGGAGAUCAUCUUCAAAUCAAGCUGGCUCAAGAAAGAUAACUCCAUCUGUAAGAUCGAACGGAUAUUAAAAGUUCACAACACACAACGCACCAUUCAACGGUUCGAGGACUCCAGAGAUGUUGUCAAGACUCGUGCUCUCAAUAGCACUAAAAAAAACCCCAGGUGUGCAGCUGAUGGUAACGAGCUGCUGCGAUUCUACUGUACGAGUCUAACGUGCUCGUUGGGCGCUCGCGGCUCGUCGAACUUGUGCGGCUCGAUCCCAGGUUGCGGUGUGUGCACCAUCAUCAGGCACGGGUUUCAAGGCAAGGAGUGCAAAGGGGUACGCACCACGGCGAGUAGCGGCAGGGCGCACGACUCCCUCAUUGGUUGUACGGAUGGACGGAGGGCCAUGCUGGUGUGCCGCGUGAUUGCUGGGAGAGUGAAGCGCGUGGAGGAUGAUACGGCGCCGCCAGAGGAGGAUGCCGCGUCAACUGGUGGCUCAUACGAUUCUGUAGCCGGGUACGCCGGAAUUUACUCCAAUCUCGAGGAGUUGUUUGUUUUCAAUCCAAAGGCUAUCCUUCCUUGUUUCGUUGUCAUUUACAGUGCUCUCGAGUCUUGAUUACUCAUAGUUUGUACCAGUAGCCAUCAAUAUCAAUGGCUAGCGCACGGCUCGACCGUGCUCAGUGCUCACCUCACCUAUCAGUGUGCAUAUAAUAAAGUUCAAUUUGGUUUUA